GUUGCCACUUUCGUGUGACAAGUCGUCAAAUGGGUCAACAAAGCAAUAUGUGCCGUUUUGGGUGAAGUCUGAGUGCAAAUCGUGGCAGUGUUCAAUGUGAAACCGAUUUGGGGUGGAAUUUGCAUAAUUUUCGCUGGUGUGGUGGCUGUUGUUGAGUUUUGUUGCGACUCCUAACCUCACUUUCUCAGCUGAGAGUGGGUGAGAAUGAGUCGAAGAGCCCCCGGUCCUGUGCCCAAUCGGUGGAUGCACUGUCCCCGUAAAGCCGCCGACUUGAUAAUGGGUUAUUUCAUGGCUUUUAAAACCCCUUUGAGUAACAGUUUUGAUAGUCUAGUGCCCCCCGAAUGUCGGUUUCCUCCGAAAAUGCUGUUCGAUUUGUGUAAAACAAAGAAGAUUAAGUUUGGCUUGUGGAUAGAUUUAACGAAUACGACGAGGUUUUAUGACAAGGAAGAAGUUGAAGAUGAGGGUUGUAAGUAUAUUAAGUUGCAAUGUCGCGGACACGGGGAGACGCCGUCGAAGGAGCAAACGAACACUUUUAUUCAACUGGUGCACAACUUCAUCACGCAUCACCCGUUAGAGAAAAUCGCUGUGCAUUGUACUCAUGGCUUUAACAGGACCGGAUUUCUGAUAGUCUCAUAUUUAGUUGAAAAAAUGGACAUGGAGCUAGAACUAGCGAUUGAGACGUUUGCCAAAAUGAGACCUCCGGGUAUUUAUAAGGGGGACUAUUUGACUGAAUUGUACAGUCGGUAUGACGACCCCGCUGAUACCCCUCCACCCCCUACUCUACCCGACUGGUGUUUCGAAGAUAACGAUUCUGAAGCCUCGCAAAAUAAUCGCGAAGAAGCUUCCUCCUCAAAUUAUGGGUCGUCACGAAGAGGCGUCUCACAAGCUAAAUUCAUGGAGGGAGUCCCGGGGGUGACACUUUUCACCGAACAACCGAAAGCUUUCCAAGUACAGAAAAAAGUCCAAGUUAUGUGUGAAUGGAAGAAAAAGGGCUUUCCUGGGUGUCAACCCGUGUCAAUGGAUAACAAUAACAUAACUUUGUUACACCAGAAACCUUAUAGAGUCUCUUGGAAGGCUGACGGGGCUCGAUACAUGAUGCUCAUUGAUGGACCCGAUGAAAUUUACUGUUUUGAUCGCGAUCACAAUCCGUUUAAAGUCACUGGACUCACUUUCCCACACAGGAAGGAUCUGCGAAAACAUUUGAAAGACACCCUACUUGAUGGGGAAAUGGUGAUUGAUAAAGUCAACGGAGAGGACAUUCCCCGCUACUUGGCGUAUGACAUUGUCAAAUUCGAGGGUCAAGACGUGGGCAAGAUGCCCUUUUACCCCACAAGAUUGCACUGUUUGGAAAAUGAAAUAAUCAAGCCUCGCUAUAUGGCGAUGGAAAACGGUCUCAUUAACAAGGCCUCCGAACCUUUCAGUGUGAGAAAGAAGGAUUUUUGGGAGAUAACUCAGGCAGCAAGUUUAUUAGGUGAAAAGUUUGCGAAGGCUUUGUCGCACGAGCCCGACGGUUUGAUUUUUCAACCGUCGAAAGAGCCCUAUUCGCCGGGCCGUUGUGACGAAGUACUCAAGUGGAAGCCCCUCAAUAUGAACUCGGUCGAUUUUAGGUUGAAGAUUGUGAAGGAGGAGGGGGCGGGAAUUGUGUCUCGAAAAGUCGGGCAUUUAUAUGUGGGACACUUAGACAAACCGUUUUCGAAAAUGAAGUACACGAAAACUUUGAAGGAUUUAGAUAAUAAAAUUAUUGAGUGUACGUUUGAGGAUAAUCAGUGGAAAUUUAUGAGGGAAAGGACUGAUAAGUCGUUCCCAAACAGUUUUAACACUGCUAAAGCCGUUUGUGGCAGCAUUAGUAAUCCUAUAACUAAAGAAAAGUUGUUGGAUUAUAUUGAAAGGUAUAGAUUUGACGACGAUAGUGAGAUGAUGCCACCACCUGCACGAAGAAUACGAAGAUGAUGAAUGAUCGGUUUUAUGUAAUUUUUUUUCAAGAUAAUUUUUUAUGACAGAUACAAGGAGAUUGAUGCACCAUAUCGAUCCUCAAAACGUAAUAAUCUUUAAUUAAUUUAUAAAAUAUACGAAUCUUGAGCUGAGCAAAA